CUCACUAACAUAACAUAACAUAACAUAACACCCCCUCUUUUUUGUGUGACUUCAAAGCGAACCACCAAAUAACGCUCUUCCAUUUUACAACAAUUCAUUCUCUUCUCUUCUCCCUCUUUUUUCCUCUUCCAACUUUCUCUCUCCAUUCCCAUUUCCUUUCUUAGAUAUAUACAAAUCACUCCCAAAUAUCUCUAAACCGCUUUUUCCUUCUUCUUCACACACUCCAGAUCACGUCAAUGCUCGCUUUGGACUCGAUCUAGAUCGAGUUCUUCAACCUAUUCUAGUUUGGGGUGGGGGAUACAGAUGAAUAACGGGAUGAUAGAAUGCAGUGUUUGCCAUUCCAAAUUGGUAUCGCCCGCUAGCAAAACUAUAUCAAGGGCUUAUGAUCGGCACAAAAGUAGGAUAACAUCCAAACAACGUGUACUCAACAUCUUGUUGGUUGGUGGGGACUGUAUGUUAGUUGGUUUCCAGCCUAUCCUAGUCUAUAUGUCCAAGGUGGAUGGGAAAUUCAAUUUUAGCCCAAUUAGUGUUAAUUUUUUGACAGAGAUCACCAAGGUUUUCUUUGCUAUUGUUAUGCUUCUUAUCCAGGCUAGGAAUCAAAAAGUUGGGGAGAAGCCUCUUCUCUCAAUUUCUACACUCACACAGGCAGCCCGCAACAAUGUCCUUCUUGCCGUUCCAGCAUUUUUGUAUGCUAUAAACAACUAUCUGAAGUUUGUCAUGCAGCUUUAUUUUAAUCCUGCUACUGUGAAGAUGUUAAGUAAUUUGAAGGUGUUAGUAAUCGCACUUUUGUUAAAGGUGGUUAUGAAGCGCAAGUUUUCUAUCAUUCAGUGGGAAGCUCUUGCUCUCCUGCUUAUUGGUAUAAGUGUUAAUCAGCUACGAUCUUUACCCGAGGGAACUACUGCUUUGGGUCUUCCUGUCACAAUGGGUGCAUAUGUCUAUACAUUUAUUUUUGUCACGGUUCCAUCGAUGGCCUCUGUUUAUAAUGAGUAUGCUUUGAAGAGCCAAUAUGAUACAAGUAUAUAUCUGCAGAACUUAUUCUUAUAUGGGUAUGGAGCCAUGUUCAAUUUUCUUGGAAUAGUCGUGUCGGCUAUUGUCAAAGGUCCUAGCAGCUUUGAUAUCCUAGAAGGCCAUUCAAAAGCCACUAUGCUAUUGAUUGCAAACAAUGCUGCCCAAGGGAUAUUAUCCUCUUUCUUCUUCAAAUAUGCAGAUACAAUUUUGAAGAAGUACUCAUCAACAGUUGCAACAAUCUUUACGGGCAUAGCAUCUGCAGUACUAUUUGGACAUAAACUAACAAUGAACUUUCUUAUUGGCAUUUCUAUCGUAUUCAUCUCAAUGCACCAGUUCUUUUCGCCAUUGGCCAAAGUCAGAGAUGAACAAAAUGGUGUGCUGGAACUGCCAGAGGUUCAGGAUAAACAAAGGUCAAAGGACGCAUUUAUAAAUAUGGCAGCUGGAGCAAAUGAAGAGGCCACUCAUCGAGUGGGACAUGAUGAGAGACAGCCACUUCUCCCCACCUAGAUUAACCUAUUGUAUGCUCUUUUCUUCCUUUCUCCAUUUUAAUUAUAAUCUUUUUGUUCGGUAAAGAAAAAAUAUCAUGCUUUUCUAGUCAGAUACCCCACAUUUAUGACCCAUUUUGUACCUUAUAAGUAAUCCACUCGUUUGCAGGAAUUUUGAAAGAAUGUUUUUUUUGGUGAUAUCUGAUAGCUAUGGUCCCACACAGUUUAAAGUCAUAAUAAACUAAAAAAGAUUUUGCUGCCUUUCUUGCUUAGCUUUCCGCAGAAAGUAUUUGUCUAGUGGUUCCAUAAAUUGAGACAUGAAUUAUCGGCUUCUGAGAGGUGGUGAACAAGCCAAUGCUUUCCGUUGCUGAAGAUUUUGAUAGAGCAUAGCAAAUGGAUUCGUAAGAGCUUUUGGCAUAUCAAUGUGGAUUUACCUGUACUUCAUUUAUUCUUUAUAGCGUGGACAUUCAAUUCCUCUUUAUAUUUGUUUUCCUGAUAUAUUUACUUCAACCCAUUCUAUCUAUAGUGUUAUUCUUUACAUUUAUUACCUAGUGUGGACUUUUUACGCCGUUCUUUCUAUAUUGUGAUAUUUAAGGGUUGAUAGAGAACAUGAGGAUUCCGUUCUUUCUUGUAGAAAUUUAUAUUUGCGUGCUUACAAAGCAAUGCAAGACGAUAUUUGUAUAUGUUUCUAUAUUGGUGACUGAUA